AUGGCAUCAUGGAGACAACUCUCCUCAGCUGGGUGGAAGCCCUUGAACAUCGGCCAUUAUGAUGGAAUGAUUGAUCCUAAUAAGCACAUCGAUGCAUAUGUCACACAGAUGAACCUGUACACCAAUGACAACACCAUAAUGUGCCAUGUUUUCCAGAGCUCGCUAAAAGGAUCAACACUCAGUUGGUACACCCAACUUCCAAUGGGGUCUAUUGAUGGCUUUGAAACCUUGGUACGGUGUUUCUCGGCUCAGUAUGCAACCAGGAAACCCCAUCACAUCACCUCGGCUUCCCUCGCCAACCUUAGGCAAGGGGAGAAUGAGUCCUUAAGGAAAUUCAUGGAACGAUUUGCCAACGUCUCCAUCAAAAUAUGCAACCUCAACCUCAAGGUUGCGUUACAUUACAUGGUCAUGGCCUUGAAAGUGGGACCCUUGGUCGAUAGCCUCUAUCGAUGA